CUGGAGCCCAGCCUGGGGAGGAGGUGGGGGCCUGCAGUCAAGGUUGGGGCCGCUGGAGGCAGUGGGGAAAGGACUCCUCCUCGGGCUUGUCGGAGCCACCGACCCACUCCACUCCCAGCCUGUCCAGGUCAUUGCUGUGUCUUCGCCUCCCCAGGCAGUCUUUUCCCCUCUUUGGUUGCUGGGGGAACAAAGCUUAGGCCUAGCUUCCUAACUGCCAGCCUGCCUCAGUGAGUUUCAGGAGAAGAGUAUAGGAUGUAAGCCCUGGCCUGGGGCCUGAGGAACAGGACUGGGGAGAUGGCCCCUUAAUCUCCAUUUGACCCCUUGCUGGCGUUAGGUGUGAAAACCAGGCUGGAGGCGGCCCUUCAUUUGAAAAUGAGGGUGUGCAGGUCUGGUGCUACAAAAUGGCUGCCGCUGACUUGGUAAAAAUUUGCUGGGUAGCCAGAGUCUUCCUGAAAAUUCUCCCUCGGGACUUAGAUUUCUAUUAUUUAAAGCAGGUGUCACUAGUUAAAAGGCAUCUGCUGAAAGAUUUGGAACAGAAGAAGGUGGCUACUCCAAACCAGACCAACUGUAACACAGAGUCACCAGCAGCCCUGGAGGAGGCCAAGACCUCUCGUGUUCCUGGGAGCCCCAAAACAUCCCCCGAGCCUCAUGACCCUGGAGGUUCCCUGCCCCUGACACCCCGGAUGGAGAGCCACUCAGAGGAGGAAGAUCCUCCCGGCAGUGGCCUAGGCUGGAACGGUAGGGGUCCCCGGGCCCAGAGCCCAGGGCGCUGCUCAGUGGAGGCCGUACUGGCACGGAAGAAGCACCGCCGGCGGCCUUCAAAGCGCAAGCGGCACUGGCGGCCCUACCUGGAGCUGAGCUGGGCCGAGAAGCAACAGCGGGAUGAGAGGCAGAGCCAGCGGGCCUCCCGGGUCCGAGAGGAGAUGUUCGCCAAAGGCCAGCCCGUGGCGCCCUACAAUACCACCCAGUUCCUGAUGAACGACAGAGACCCCGAGGAGCCCAACCUGGAUGUGCCCCAAGGGGCCUCCCACCCAGGCUCCAGUGGGGAGAGUGAGGCCGGGGACAGCGACUCGAGGGGCCGAGCCCAUGGGGAGUUCCAGCAGAGGGAUUUCUCCGAGGCCUAUGAGCGCUACCACACUGAGAGCCUGCAGGGCCGUAGCAAGCAGGAGCUGGUGCGCGACUACCUGGAUCUGGAGCGGCGGCUGUCGCAGGCCGAGGAGGAGACGAGGAGGCUGCAGCAGCUGCGGGGCUGCACCAGCCAGCAGCCCUGUCGCCAGGUGGAGGAGCUGGCCGCCGAGGUAGAGAGGCUCCGGACGGAGAACCAGCGGCUUCGGCAGGAGAAUGAGAUGUGGAACCGAGAAGGUGGCCGCCGUGGUGGGGAGCGGGGCACCUAGGGGUGCCCCCCCAUCCAGGCUGACCCAAGGAGAAGGUCCCGUUUUGUACACACUCAGGCCAGCCGAGUCUCAAGGAGGCAGGUCUCAGCACCUCUGCGCCCCCUGAGAACAGCUAAUUUAGGUUCCGGCUUCCAUCUUGUCAUUUCCACAGUUUGUUCUUUGAUGUCAUCUUAUUUUUCACAAAGGAAUUAAAUGAUUUUGGUG